AUAGCGAAGAACGUUCAAGACGUUUGCAGGAAGGAAUCGAACACCGUUUUCGUCAAUCCGAAUCGGUACAAGAAGAUCUGCGAAGGAUUAUUAAUGGAAUGAUUCUGGAUCGAGGUCGAACCGGUGAUAAUGGGGGAUUAGGAGGUUCCAAUGGAGAAUCCAAUGGAACGAAUGGAGGUCCAACUGGUAAUGGAGGCUCAAUCGGAGCUGGUGGUCCGAACGGUGGUGGUUGCGCUGGCAGCGCGGACGGAGGGAUCGUUGGAGGGAAUACGGGAAACAACGAAAAUUCCGUGCGAAAACUGGAGUUACCUCUAUUAUGUCAAGUGGAGUAACGUGUUGGCCUUUGGUUCAGAAGGUAUCAAAAGAGCAUCAUUUGUUGCAAACAAAGCAACUUCGAAAGUAGUGGACGUGCCAAAGGGCUAUCUUGCAGUGUAUGUUGGAGAGAAAAUGAAGCGGUUUGUGAUUCCCAUAUCAUAUUUGAACCAACCUUCAUUUCAAUACUUGCUGAGCCAAGCUGAGGAAGAAUUCGGGUAUGAUCAUCCACUCGGUGGUCUCACAAUUCCUUGCAGAGAAGAUGUGUUCUUCGAUAUCACUUCUCGCUUGGAUAGGUGCUAACCUCAUGAUGAUAGGACUGACAUAUACAUAUAUACUAACACAAUUUUUGUAACACAGUACUUUCGUCUUACAUUGAAAAUAUUUUCUCCUUUUUUUGUUAUCUUACUUGGGGAAGUGUAAGAAUGUUCAUCUG